AUGCAUAUCUUUAAGGCCCGGUUCUUGUGCCCCGAGUGCAAGCGGAUGAACCUUGGAGAUGUGGUGAUUGAGGCAAAUCCCUGUGCCUGGAGUAGCCAUGUUCGAAGAGUCCAUGGCGCGGUUCACACCCCAAACCUAGAGUCUCUACCGGAUGUUCUCUGCCUCUUAUGCGACCAACAAUACAAGCAGAGAGGGUUCUCUCGCCACCUGAACACUCAUAGUGAGCUAUUUGACGAGCCAAUCUCAUGUCCAGCAUGUCUACAAGAGGGCAGGAAGGUCGAAGUCGAGGGAAUGGGAGGCUGGAUCACCCACGUAGCAGACGUUCACGGAGGUGACAGAGUUCUCGGAGCCAUAGAGGUCUACAAGACCUCAUUUUCAGAUGCUGAAACCGCCCCAAUAGACAUAAACCCUGCCGAGGCGCAACACAGAAAAGAGCUUGCGAGAAGACGACAAGUGGAUCGCAAGAGAAAGGCAGGUAACGCUGUACCAUCGGGUCCCCUCCCAUAUAAACGGGCGAAAACGGACUUAUCACAACCUUACGCACAUGCUAGUGGUGACUCGGAUUGGGAAAUCUCAUCACCGGACCCUCACGCGGAUGAAGAGUUCUGGGUUGAUGGAAGGGAGUAG